AUGGGCAUGGCGUAUGAUGAACUAUCAGUCUUUAGUCGCUUCCGCAAAGUGGAGAAGUGUGGACCAUACGGCAUGUUCACGAAGCUGGUGCACGAGUGGGGCUUAUUCCUGUCUCCCGUUCAAAUCGUAGAGAAAGUCGAGCAUUUCUUCUUUGAAUAUGCGCGCAACUGUCAUAAGAUGACAACUCUGACGCCGGCGUACCAUGCAGUAGUAUGUUACGCUCAAAACUCCACAUCACAAUUUAAGAAGAUAGAUGAAGUAGCUGCAGUCCUACCUGAUCGCUCCAAUUCGGCUGCAGAUAAGACCAAGACUGACUGA